AUGGAGUUUGAUGAGGAGAUCGUAAAGUUUAAUGUCUACAACGCCAUUAGCCAUCCAAGCGAAAUCUUGAGCGCACCAGAGUUGGAGUUAGAACCCGCAAGAAAGGCAAGGAAAUUAGACAUCCAAGAGUUAGAAGAAAUUCACAAUGAUGCCUACAAGAAUGCUCACCUUUAUAAAGAGAAGACAAAGUUGUUUCACGAUAAGAGAAUAGCUCAAAAGCAUUUUUUGGUAAGCUUCAAUCACGAUGGCAAUGACCUUUUUAUUGUUGCUAAAGUGUUCACACAUGGAGAUAUUGAAAUAGAGAGUGAAGAAUCUAGAAAGCAGUUCGUAGUUAAUGGCCAGUGGUUGAAACCGUUUUAUGAGAAUUUUCAAUCCCACACGGUUGAGAAAAUCCAUUUGGAACCACCAUAG